UAAACAACGACGAGCACAGUCAGACGCUAAGCGACUCAGUCCUUUAAUAAUAAUCACAAUAAAACACAUCUACCGCUGGUUACCUCUGUCCUAUCCUAAUGAAGGACUUUCGCCCUGACUGACUUUGGGAGAUGGGGAUACUCAACAUAACAGACCAGCCUCCACUGGUCCAGGCCAUAUUUAACCGAAAUGCAGAAGAAGUUCAAUCGCUGUUGCACAAAAAGGAAGAAGUCAAUGCACUGGACCAUGAACGCCGCACGCCUCUGCACGCCGCUGCUUGUCUGGGCGACGUUCACAUAAUGGACCUCCUCAUCAAUUCAGGUGCUAGUGUUAAUGCAAAGGACCAUGUGUGGCUGACGCCUCUGCACCGGGCAGCUGCCUCCCGCAAUGAAAGGGCUGUGGGGCUGCUGUUGCGGCAGGGUGCCGAGGUGAACGCCCGGGACAAGUACUGGCAGACGGCACUGCACGUGGCAGCUGCCAACCGCGCCACCAGGUGCGCCGAGGCCCUACUACCCCAGCUGAGCAGCCUGAACGUGGCAGACCGCAUGGGCCGGACAGCGCUGCACCAUGCCGCCCACAGCGGCUACCUGGAGAUGGUGAAGUUGCUGCUGAACAAAGGGGCCAAUCUGAGUGCCAGCGAUAAGAAGGAGAGGCAGCCCAUCCACUGGGCAGCCUACCUGGGGCAUUUGGAGGUGGUGAAGCUCCUGGUGUCUCGGAGUGCGGACACAGCCUGCAAGGACAAGCGGGGCUACACGCCCCUACACGCUGCCGCUGCCAGCGGCCAGAUAGACGUGGUGAAGUACCUCCUCCGACUGGGGGCUGAGAUUGAUGAGCCCAACGCUUUUGGGAACACGGCGCUGCACGUGGCCUGUUACACCGGCCAGGAGGCGGUGGCCAACGAGCUGGUGAACCGUGGCGCCAAUGUCAACCAGCCCAACCAGCGCGGAUACACCCCGCUGCACCUGGCAGCCGUGUCCACCAACGGGGCGCUCUGCUUGGAGCUACUGGUCAACAACGGGGCCGACGUCAACAUGCAGAGCAAAGACGGGAAGAGCCCCCUGCACAUGGCUGCCAUUCACGGACGCUUCACUCGCUCCCAGAUCCUCAUCCAAAAUGGUGGGGAGAUCGACUGUGUGGAUAAAUAUGGCAAUACUCCUCUUCAUGUUGCUGCUAAGUAUGGCCAUGAGCUGCUCAUCAGCACCCUGAUGACCAAUGGCGCUGACACGGCCAGGCAGGGGAUCCAUGGCAUGUUCCCCUUGCACCUAGCGGUGCUCUACGGGUUCUCAGACUGUUGUCGCAAGUUACUCUCCUCAGGUCAGCUGUACAGCAUUGUGUCGUCUCUGAGCAAUGAGCACGUGCUCUCAGCUGGGUUUGACAUAAACACCCCGGACAACCUGGGGAGGACCUGUCUACACGCUGCUGCUUCAGGAGGAAAUGUUGAAUGUCUUAACCUGCUUUUGAGCAGCGGCGCCGACCUGAGUAAGAAGGACAAAUUGGGAAGGACCCCCUUGCACUAUGCGGCAGCCAAUGGGGGCUACCAGUGCAGCGUGGCCUUGGUGCGCGCCGGGGCUGAGGUGAACGAGCCCGACGGCAGAGGCUGCUCCCCGCUGCACUACGCUGCUGCCUCCCAAGCCUUCCGCCGGGUGGACCGACAUUACUCUGGGAGCCAGCCAACUGAGGAGGAGAAGGCAAAGGAGGCCUCUCUCUGCCUGGAGCAUUUGCUGGACAAUGGUGCGGACCCAGCUGUGCGCAACGCCAGCGGCUACACUGCAGUUCACUAUGCAGCUGCACAUGGCAACAAGCAGAACCUGGAACAGCUCCUGGAAAUGUCUUUCAACUGCCUGGGAGACGUGGAGAGCAGCGCCCCCAUCAGCCCGCUGCACUUAGCUGCCUACAACGGCCACUGUGAGGCACUGCGCGUGCUGGCGGAGACCCUGGUGAACCUGGAUGUGCGUGACUGUGGCGGACGCACCGCGCUGUACGUGGCCACGCAGCGGGGACACGGCGCCUGCGUGGAGGUGCUGCUCGCCCAGGGCGCCUCCCGCCUGCUGAAGGAGCGCCGCCGCAAGUGGAGCCCCGCGCAUGUCGCAGCUGCUUACGGCCACACAGACUGUCUGCAGGCGCUGAUGGACAGCGGGGAGCGGGACAACGUCCCUGAUGUCAUUGAUGCCAUGGGACAAACCCCGUUGAUGUUGGCCGUCUUGGGUAGCCACACGAGCUGCGUGAGCCUCCUGCUGGAGCGGGAAGCCACACCAGAUGCGGGUGACAAGUGGGGCAGGACAGCCCUUCAUCGGGCGGCGGUGGUGGGCUGUGAGGACUGUGUACUGGCCCUACUGGAGCACGAAGCCUAUGUGCUGUGCCGGGACAUCCGGGGUCGCACCCCCCUGCACCUGGCAGCCUCUUGUGGGCACACAGAGAUCUUGGUCUGCCUGCUGCAGGCUGCCGCCCGUACUGACCCCCUGGACCCUCUGCUGGACUACAGUGGGUACAGCCCCCUGCACUGGGCUGCCUACCAUGGGCAUGAAGACUGUUUGGAAGUUUUACUUGAACACAAACCAUUUAGUAUCCAGGAAGGCAAUCCUUUCACUGCACUGCACUGCGCUCUCAUCCGUGGCCACGAUGCCGUUGCUGAGCUUCUAGUCGAGACCUUGGGCUCCCAGCUGGUCAACAUCCGAGAUGCCAAAGGAAGAUCCCCGCUGCAUGCCGCUGCCUUUGCGGAGAGCGUGCCAGGGCUACAGCUGGUGCUGCGCCGAGGCGCAGAGGUCAACACCGUGGACCACGCCGGGCGCUCGGCCCUCAUGGUGGCUGCCGACCGAGGCCAGACUGCAGCUGUGGAGUUUCUGUUGCACCGCACCAAGAUUGACCUCUCCCUGCUGGACAUGAACAAGAAUACUGCCCUUCACCUGGCCUGCAGCAAGGGUCAUGAGAAGUGUGCCCUGCUGAUCCUGGGCGAGAUCCACAGUUCGUCCCUCAUCAAUGCGACGAACAGCGCGCUGCAGAUGCCCCUGCACAUUGCUGCACGGAAUGGCCUCGCCUCUGUGGUGCAGGCGCUGCUCAGCCGAGGGGCCACGGUGCUGGCAGUGGACGGGGAGGGUCACACCCCAGCCUUGGCCUGUGCCCCCAACAAGGACGUGGCUGACUGCCUGGCCCUGAUUCUGUCUACCAUGAAGCCUUUUCCUCCCAAAGAGCCCGCCGGCGCCACCUUCAGCCUCAACCUGCUGAAGCACUGCGGUAUCACUGCAGCCUGCAGUCCCAUGCCCAACGGCAACCUGCGCCAUGGCAACCUUCGCCACGGUUAUGCCAAGGAGCGUCACGGUGCCGUCGGGGUGGAUGGCUGCUUCUCCGAGUGAAGCCCGCUGCCCUCUACCCGCCACUCCACCCUUCCGACCCCCAUCUGAAACCUGUUCCCUCCACCGCCCUUGGUGAUGCCUGCUGUAGGUGUGUGCGUGAGAGAGAGAGAGAAACACCCUCAGGGGUGCAGCCAGCCGGAUGCCAUUGCAGCCUCCCUCUGUCUCCUCAUUCUGCCCUUCUUGGUGGGUCCUGCUCAUCAUGGAGCACUGUGGUCCCACCCGAAGCUCAGCAAUGGGUUGACGCGGGCAGGAGAGCCCAUGCUUCUUGAGCUCUGAGGGAGGUUCCUGGCAAAUCCUCCUUUGGGGUUGGCUGCCCUGCUGUGGUCUUGGGUCUCGAGAGAGCAGCGUGUAAAGAGCCGCACAACGGCAUGUGUGGGGCAGGCGGCCCGCAGCCAUGGUUAUGCUGUGAAUGCAGAUGUGACCCAUCACUGGUGGGGGGGGGGGGGGGGGGAGAGAGCUGUCACCCAUGGGGGGAGGGAUCCUGAGGAGCCUAAAAAACCUGUGGUUAGACCCUUUUGAAGUGUUGGGGGGGAGGGCAGUGAUGUCACAUGGGGUACCUUGGUCCAUCUUAGACUGUAGGCGGUCCAAAACUGUAAGGGUUUUUUUUGGGUUUGAGUUGGGUGGGGGUGGGUGUUGGGAUGAUAACCUUCUGUAAUAAUUCCUCUCCAAAAAUCCCCCCAGCCCUGCUGGUUUUCCCUUUUGAUAAUCCUUUUUUUUUUUAAAGAGAACAAUUCUAGUGUUUAGUACUGAAGCGAGCUGACAUGCGUCAGACAGGAAGCGCACACUUUGAACCCAGGCCGGAGCACAGGGAUCUUUAGCUCCAGCAAACCGCAGCAGCACCUCGCAGCACUUGCCAACCAUGAUAUGAUAGCAAUUAGCCUCAAAUUUGUCUCUUUUUACGCAUGAGACCUUUUACAGUCUUGAUGGCACUUUUAGAAUUUGCACAAAUUGUGGAUAAGGGUUGUUUUAUUUUUUAUUUUUCUUAAGCUUUUCCAUGUAGCUGCUAAAUUUCAUCUUUCAUUUCAUAAAUUUAAGCGCUUUUGCUCCACAUUUUUGAAUCACAAUAACUCAUCUUCAUAUUUUGCUUUUGUGGUGCCUUUUUAAGAUAUUGAUAUUUUUUUUGAAUAAAUUGUUUGCACUUUUUUUCUUGUCAGAGGGUAAAACUAAUUGUUUUGGUAUGAGACUGUCACUUAGUCCGAAAUCUAGUUGUUUUUGAAGCUGGAUUGCUGAUGUGUUUACAUAACCAAAGGUUGUAUUAGUACUAGGAAACUUGCUUUUAACUGGUGUACUGACCAGACAGCCAUACUAAACUGAGAUCAACAUGUUCUCCAAAGUUGCUUUGGGUAGUUUUAUCAAGAUAAACGUGUUCUCAGUCAUCCAUCACUUUGCACAAAACCCUCCACGUUUCCAUUGAAUUCUUAAACAAGGGUUUGUAAGUGUGAUACUGGCCUAGAGCCUGUAUUAGCAACACAUGCAAGCUGCUUUAAAUAUAGCGCCCUCUGCUGGUGAAUGAAUUCGGCCAAAGUGGAGUUGUGCCCAUGAGGCUACAGGUCCAAAUCCUAGGAGGAAUCGUUGACUGGGGAUAGCUGUCCAGCUUGUUCAAUUCAUUUAAGAAAUAUAAGCAUGUAGCUGCUUGGGAAUGCAUUCUGAGAAAUGAAAUGUGCUGGCUGUGAUAGGUAGCCUGAAGAGAAGCAAUUAGUUCAUAUUUCAUACCUCGGGGGCAAACAGUCACCAUGCUGUUUGCCCUUUUAUUUAGCUAUAACCUGCAUCUUAUAUAUACUUGACAGAAAUAUUUAAUGACCUCUGUUACUACCAUGCAACCUGUCUGCUGUGCAUUCUGAUGGCCUGGCGCUUGUCGAUACCUCACAGGUACAGACUGAACUGGGGGAAAAAUAUGUAAAAAAAAAUAUAUAUAUAUAAUUAAAAAAGACUCCCCCACUCAGUGAAACUUGCCCAUUGACUGAUGCAGAAUGUGCUGCCCUACCCCAUCUUACGAGCUGCUGCUUUCAGAACAAGGGACUGUAGAUGCUGUCUGCUUAUUGUAGCUCUACGGCUCCACCUACCAGCCGUUGUGCACAAUAAUAGCUACAUUUUGAAGUUUCUUAAUGUAGAAAACUGCCGGUGGAAAGGUACCAUGCCAUCUGCUUUGUAUUACUUGAAUUUUUUUCCCAGUGUUAUUCAUAGUCUUAAUGAUUGGAUCACUGUGUGUCUAUCUGUGCAAGCUUGUAUGACCUAAUUCCAGUUCUAAUAAGGUGUUCACCAAAAAAUAAUAGGGUUUCCAUAUGCAAUUUUGUUAGUCAGCAAAUUAUUGAAAUUAAGUAGUGUUAAAGUACAUUGGUAUUAAGCAUCUGUAAUUAGCAUUAUUAAAUGGAAUUAGUGUAAUUAGCUCACUCAACCUUGUAGCUGUAAACUCUAAACAUUUGCACUAAGUCUGCAUGGUAUAUUGAGCCAUCUUAAGUUGUAUUCUCCAUUUCUCAGCAUGAAUGGUUUUCUUGUAUCUCGUCUAGUAUGGCUGACCUCUGGCACUGAGAGCAGACUGAAAUUUAUCGUUAAAUUGCUCCUUUGUUCCUGAAUUUUGAAGCAGUUUUUUUCUUUAAAAAAAAAAGGACAAUCAGUACUGUAAGGGCUUUUUGUUUUGUGGUUUUUGUUGUUUGUUUCUAUCCAAAAAAAACAAAAUCAUUACGUCAUGGUAUUCCACAAAAGUAAUGGAGUGUCUCAGGCCUGUGAUUCAAAGUGACUACGCUUGUUUGUUCCUUUUAACCAAAAACAAAGCAAACCACCUGUCGUGACUGUUUACACUAAAAUGCUUUUGUUCAAUCUGCUAUUCCUUAUGCUUAAUUGGAUUGGAUUUUAUAAUCGCCCGUAGUAUUCUUCAGUCGCAUUACUUAUUCAGCUCAUACCUAGAAUUGUUCUCUCUUCACCCUCGUACUGUUGUGGCAAAGACACAGCAGAUGGCUUUUGAAAAAAAUAAAAAAUACAUGGUCAAACAUGGUAAUCGCUUGGGAAUUAGUGGUAGGCAGGCUGUUCUGGCGCCAAUAGCACAUUUCUUUGAUUCUUCUAAGUAAUAAGUAGUAAGAUGAGGAAUCAUUUUUGCAUUUUUAUUAAAAAUUUGUCACUUGACGAUUUGGUUCCUAAUCAGAUUCAAAAGUCGGCCUGGGAAGGAACUGACUGUGGGUGGGGGAUUAGCAAAGCUUCUCAUGCACCCAGGUGUGGCCAGUACUGGUGUUUGACAAAGCUCUUUUAUUUAGCAGUUUGAAGCCUUUAAAGACAAGCUUAAUAUCUUCUACAUUUUGGGGAAUAGCCAAUGCCAGAAGCAGCAGCAUUGUUAUUCCCCUUUCUGUAUGGUACUACAUGUGCUGAAAAUGAUUGUAUUGAGCUACCUAACUUUUUAUUAUUUUUUUUGUUUUCUGAACCCCCCCCCCCCCCCCAACCCGCCAUUGUGAUGAUGACAUCACAUAAUCAAGCCAUUAGAUAAUGCUGAUGUUAAGCUUUUCUCAAGCAGAAUAAGGGCGAUGUCGUCUCCCCCUUAGCUCAGUACCUUUGUAACCUUGCAUUCUCAGUGGCUUUUUUUAUUCUAAGUAAUUUCCUCAUAGGUUCGUUUGAGUGGCUGGGCAAAAAGCCGUCCCCCCCUUUAAAGAGAGCCGUCCCCUGUAGGUGUCGACCGGGAACAUGGGGGGUCGUCACGGGCUAUAUGGGGAAAGGCCGUCGUCGCCCUCUGCUUAUUCCCCCCCUCCCCCGAUUUCACUGACUUCGUUUACAAGUUUGGAGCAUUGAUCCAUGCAGUUUCUGGGGCUAUGGGAUGCCAGAGAGCUUUUUAGAGUAACCUAUGAAUAAACGAGUAAAAAAAAAAAAAUGAUAAAUUAAAAAAAAAGCAAAAUCCAAAAAAAAAUAAAAAAAUCUGUAAACAAACAUAAUACAGUUCCACUCAGCCCUGAUCCAAAGCACUUGUUUAAAUGAUUAAGCACUUUUAUAUGUUUAAUAUCUAUAUAUGUAUUUACAUGUGCGUGCACACGUAUGUGCGCGACGUGUGUUAUAUAUGUAGAUAUUAAAAAUAGGAGCUUGAGCUGGUGACUUGUAACCGUUUUGCAGGGGAGAAACUGGCAAAACUAACUGCUUCUCUUGUGAUCGAUCAACAAAGGGAACCGGCAUAGACGGCGCGCACGGGGGGGUGUGCGCGUCCCAGAUCGUGCGUGUGCACACACGUGUGCGUAGCACAAAUACAUUACACGGUGUAUUUGCACUGCCAUUCAUUUCAUGAGUUGCCAAAAAACAAAAAUGAAAAGUAAUCAUGAAUUAGAUACUGUGGGUGAGACAUAUAAAUGGACAACUCUGCUGAGCCAUGAAGUAAAACUCACUUAAACUGAAUGUAUAGUCCUUAAUUUGUGCGUAUUGAGUCGUUGAGUAAUGAUCAGCUUUGUGGCCCCCUCACGGGAUUGGCUGGCUGGGAAAAUACAGAGAUGGGGCGGGGCUUUUCAUUAUAACCAUUCAAAGCUGACUGUUUCAUGUGGAAUACCGCACCUUGUCAAGCUAUGGUGUGUGUGUGUGUGUACGCAUGCGUGCGCGCCUCUAGAUGCACAUCCUCUGUGUUUGAGUCACUGCAGGCUUUUAUCAGAGGUUAGAUGAAUGAACAGUGUUAUGCAUGUAAAAUAUGGUGCAACUGGACCACCCCAAUCCUGCGGAUGCUGCUGUUUCUUUUUCCUCAUCACUUUGUGUGUACCAAUCUGUGAUCUGUACCAAUGAACUAUUGGAGGAAGCUGCAGACUGGUUUCCUGUGCUGCCAUUGUUGAGAAUCAGCUUGUCAAUGUCCUAAUAUGGCAUUGCUUGUUAAUGUCCUAAUAUGGCAUUACAAUAGUCCCACACCUAUCAUUGGCUCUGUGAGAACUGGACACCAUUGAAAUUCUACAAAUUAAAUGCACCCUGCUGUAGGAGUUGUAAAAUUGCCUUCACAGUUUUAGUCAUUGUGUUUUGUCAUGCCUUAACCUUUCUUGUGUUAUGAAAUGCACCUUAAGGAUUUGGCAUUAAUCAGAUUAUUAUAAUUGCCUGUAAAUGAGUCCUGCAUUGAUUCAAACAGAAUGGACAGUCUUUGUUGCUCUGAAGUGGACCUGCAAAAAUACGGGGUCGCGAUGGACUCUUGGGGUUGGAGGAAAGCUAACUGUUAGUGGGUGGUGCAACUUGACAGGUUAUGAAUGCGUGUUUGGGGCACAACUGAGCGAUUUUGUUUGUGUGUAUUGUUCGUAUGUGGGCCCAGGAAGCUUUCUGUGAGUAUGGACCAUAGGGUCAUGACAGUGCCCAGUGAUGCAAGGUGGUAGCUUACGUGUCCAGGUUUUUAUUGCACAAAUGAAUGGAGGACUGGGAAUGAGAAGUAAGACCAGUGUCCAAAAGGCAAUGCAGGAAGGCAGAAGAUGGGAAGAAGCUGCCGUCAGUUAAUGCACCUCCUUUAAAUGAAGUUUGAGUUGAUUCAUUAGCACUGCUCACAGGAUGUCUAAGCUAGGUAUGGGGGGGAGGUUCUGCAGCUCACUGUUGUAGAAAAACUGGAACAGGUGGUCAGAUGUAAAUGAGCUGACAUGCUUGGAAGAAGAUGAAUGUGGUGGAGAGGGCAAAGUCUCUAGCACUUGUGUGUUUUUAUUGUAGCUGUGGCUGUAGUAUUUGUGUGUUGCUGGUAGCGUAUUGAUGCCAGCCAAGGCGUCAGUCUGCUCGGAGAAUGUUCCAUUUACCUCCUUGGGCAUACGUGUCCCUAUUACUUGAAGCAUCCAUCUAAGGCAAUAGUAAAAGUAAUCCCAUUUACGUUUUCAUUCCCAGUGAACCUUUGCCUUAAAUCGGGCGACACCGUGGAAGUUUACCACAGGCAGGAGUGCCUAAGACUAUUGUUUUGUACGCUGAGUUGGACGUCUGCACUCGGCAGAUCAUGCGUCAAAUGGAAGUGAUCAGACUGUAGUGUCUGCGCUUACACCUAUUUGGUAGCACAGGACUGACAAUUGCCUUGUAAUAUACCAUCUGUAAUAUAAUUGUACUCCAGACUUUUGUGAAAUGUAAAAUUUUAAAAACUCUAUAUUAACCUUCGGAAAUGAGAUGUCAGUGUUUCUAAGUGUGUUCAGCCAGUUCAGAACAUCUCUCUGCGACAUCUUUCCCUUUCCUUUACAACUGGUGCUGUUUUGCUGUGGUUGCCGGGUGGCUUUUAGCCUUUUUGUUAUGAUAAUUUUUAAUUCUGUUAACCUCGAUGGCACUGCUGAGGCGGUCCCUCGGCUCUGAGACCGGGUGGCCCCGUAGACGGUGUUAUCGGUGGGGUGGCUGGUGAGGAUAUGUUCUGUUAGCUGGCGUUUGGGGAGCCGGGCAGCUUCGCUUUCGCCUCUGUCUGCCCGGGCUGCCCACUCAGCCCUGGUCCAGCUUGGUCCAAAGCUCAAUCUUUACGUUAAUGCCUUUCUUCCUGUUCCUUCAGAAUCUCUCUUCACAAUCCCCUGAGCAGCUGGUCACCCACACUACGCUCGGGUAAAUUGUUCUAGGCUCUACUGACAGUUAACAUUUAUCUCUACACGAGGGACAGUGUGUGUGUGCGCUUUCAAAUAUGUUCAGAUGGCUUCACAAUCUGAAUGCUUUCUUGUCCUUCAUAGUUAUUUGGCAAGCAACACUCACUUUUUUUCUUUGAAAUUAUUAUUUACAUUUUUGUGAAUUGCUUAGGUAGUUGUACCACCAGUUUAAUGAUUUCAUUGUGGACGGACAUGGCAGACCGGCCAUCUUCCACAACCUCAGAGGAAUGUCUGCACUGCUAUAGCCUGACAUGACGAGAGACCCUGAUCUUACCUCAGUAACAGUCCGUUAUUGUCAAGGGAGAUGUCUCUGCCAGACUGAAAUAACUCACAGAUGUUUGUGUGUAAAAUGUACAUGCGCAUAUAUCUGACAAAUGCUAAAACGCGUAUGCAGUAAUACAGUACUAUAUAACUUUUGAGGAUGAAUCGUGACUAAGUGGAUUUACUAAUGGCCACGUCUGUACCUUUUUUGUUAAUGCUGUUGAAUCAAGGAAAGCCUUAUUGGCCACUAAGUGAAUAAUCCAUUGUAGAGUUCUAGUGUAUGCCCUUUAAAUGUAACCUUUUUUAAGAACUAUGCAGGAUUUUUUUGUUCUUCAAAUUAUCUAAUUGGUUGUAACAUCAGAGUUUUAAGAAUAAUUAGACCGAUUAAAAACCAACUCAAAUCUAACUGUGAGGCAAGUCCAUUUACUAGUUCCCUAUUUGACAAUGCCCCUCCCCCCAAUUGUCUUAUUGGUACUACAUACUGUGUCUUUAUAGGAAAUGUCGCAACUCCCAACAGCCUUUAAUCCGUCUAAAUUGUAUUUUUAAUACUACGUGAACCCAUGUGAUGGUGUUGAACACAUGGAUUGGUGCCUUUUUAUUUUUUACUCAUUUUUGAAUACAUGCAUCAGUGCAUGGUCUUCCAUUAAUACCUCUCAAAAGCCUUAUUAAAAUAGACACACUUAAAAAUGAUGAAGGGCACAUUUCAGAGUUUUUGCUAUUAAGAGUUGCGAACGACUGCUGUGAGACAUUUCCUGGAAACGCCCCCCUCCGCCAAGUCUAUGCCACACUGAGUUUAAAACUGAAAUUGAGACAAGCCCUUGUUCUGUGAUCACACGUUUAGCUUCCCGUUCUCCAUUCCAGUCACCGCGGUCCAUCGGAUCUUGGGUGUCUUCGUUAAGGGGUGGAGAUUUGAAAGCACAAAUCCAAAGGGGCUCACACUCGUCUAGUUUCCCUUCGGUUUGUCACUGAUAGAUCACUGCUGCUGGAAUCCCUCUGGUCCUGCCAUGUUGUCCCUCCUAAGUAGCUACUUUUCCUCUCUAACUGAAUGACUAGACUACAAUAAGUGCUUUUGAUGUAUUUCACUUGACAUUUCAAGUACACCGACCACACCGGAAGAGCAAUAUUUAACGCCGUAUUAGUGCAAUGCUAUGUGGAGUGGUUCAUGAUUUCUAGGGACGGCUAGCCUAACAUCAGACUACUCUUGAUGACCGUUCGUAUCACAAAAUUGUUGGCCUUCAUUCUGUGGCUUCUACAGUGAAGGAGAAUAUGAAAGCCAGUUACAAAUGACACGGUCAGUUGCAUGGGCGUGUGUCAUCACAAUUACUCCUGCAUCCAUGCACCCAAAGUAAUCAUUUUUUCGAACUUUGCAGUUAAAGAUCAUCAUUCUCCUUUAGUUGGAUUAUGGUAUCCAUAAGAGGGACCUACUGAAAUAAAGAGCAGCUCCUGCAGUACUUAUCUUGGUCUGCUGUGCAGGAAAGCCAGUCUUGUGUGGAAUUACAGGGCACAGCCAUGCCAUGGGGGGGAGUGUAAUUUAAGACGAUUUGAUAUAGGUUUAUCGGUGUCUGGGUCAGUGUUCCUUUUUUUUUUUUUUAAUUCCACUGUAAAUUUCAGCCUAGCCCUAAGAUAAACCUAGGGGGCAUUCAUAUUUUAAGAUGCAUUUGUGCACUUGCAUUGGAAGUGGUGUGUAAGAAGGUAUGGGAUGCUUGUUUUAGCCAAAAAUAUAAUUGUAAUGAGGAUAAUUUUGUUUAUACAAGUUAUGACUGGGAUGUACUCCCGUUGUGAAGUUUGGCACUCGGUGUUUGUUCUCGCUUGGUGCUGUAGCUGUGUGUCCUGUUCUGCAUCUGUGUCCUUUGUAGUGUGUGUCAGUGUAGUUAAAUCGGAAGUCUUCUACAGAGUGAUGGCAUGAUUCACCACCCCUGUUUCCUCCAGAUAUCCUUUUGAAUGGGUUUGAAUGGGUAGUUGUGCAAUAAUUUCACACUCUACCACACUGCAGGUCCCCUACAGAUACGUGGCAUUGUUUCAAAAAUCCCCUUCAAGACAGGGCACUGGAUGUGACAUGCACUGAAAUGUAGGUAACAGUUUGCAGCCGCUGUCUUGGGCGUCGUAGCUGGAUGUGUUAACAGUGGCACUAAUUUUAACUCCAAUUUCAUGCAAAUGACUUGAUUAUUUGGUCCGAGGUGAAGCAGACAGUGUGUUGUUUAAAUUUUAUAUUGGCCAGUGCUUAAAUGUUUAAAAUCCCAAGCAUUUUGGCUCCAGCUAGGUUAACAAGAAUACUUGCAAUAUAUGCCUGCAACCCCCCCCCCCCCCCCCCCCGCCCCAAAGAAGUAGCAGCUCUGUGAUAAUCUGUUUACUUAAAACGCAUGGUUUUGCUAAUUCUCAAAUGUAGCUGGCCUCUGAGAAUAAAGUACAGCUUCAGAUACUGCUUUUCUCAUGAGCCCUACACACGCACACGCAUAUUUUAUCAUACCUCGAUUACAGUAGUGAUAUCACUGCACAGGGUACAUGCUCAAGUCCAGGGAAAAGUGGUAGCCUGGUGUGGCUGUCCUGUCAGCUGUGUCACAGCGUUCUGCGGCCUGUGCAGUGAUGGCAGAAUGUUCUAUGCAGGUUCUGAUUGCCCUGCCUUUUGCGUGGAAUUUCACCUCCGCUCAAUACCUCCUGAGUGGCUGGGGUCUGUGUUUUUGUCCUUUAUUGGGGGGCGGGUUAAGGAGAUUAGUUGAGGCUGGAGCACAGAGCUGACCGGCAGAGAUGGUUCUCUCUUGUCCUUUGGUGAUUUAGUGUUUCCCAUCCUGCCACAGUGUACUUGACCUUAGGUUUCUCUUCGUCUAAGCUUGGAUUUCAAAGAGCAGGAGCUCCACUGAUGAGGAUUGUUCAUUAUUUAAUUGCCUUCCUUCUGUAUGUGUCUGCUCAUGUGGGACACAGGGUCAACAGAACUUCUGCAUCUUGUAUGUCGUUGUUGUUGUUAACCUCUUACUCUACUGACCUCAGUCAAGUCCUUUUGCAAAUGGAACCUUGUGGAUUCUCAUCAAAGUGGGUUGCAAUGCAAAGAUUGCUGCAUCGUAUAUCUGAAUAACCUUUUGUUUGUAGUUAUUAAAAAAUGGUUUCCCUGUGUCAAUUUCAAGUGCUUUAGAACAUUGCUGUACUGUGGUGGUGGGGGGGGCGGGGGGAGGGGGGGGGUGAUGCGCGUGAGCAUAAGUGUGUAAGUGUAGGGGCAGACGCCCCAUUGAUGAAGACAUAUCAUCUGGAACAGGGUGCACAUUCAACCAAGGCAACUAAGCUGCUCUUUGAGUAGCACAGUGACACAAGUCUCUCCCUCUUUCCAGAGGUGUGUCCAUGGGCUUGAUUUCCCAGUUUACAGUAUUGUCACGUGUCUGUACAGUCCCAUGACUGUGGUUUCCAUUUGGGAACAGGAACUACAUUCCCUUUGAGAGAGAAAAAUUUGCUGUUUGCUUAGAAUUGAAAAUAGAUUAAAAUUAGAAUAUCAUUUGGGUUUUAAAAUGUUUUAAGAGGUUAGUCAAUUGCAGUUUUUCGGUGUGAUUUUUAUGUUGUAGUCUCAAUGACCUAGUAAUUUAAGUACUAAAACUUGUAGACUGAAGGGCUUUCAUUAGCUUGAAACUAGGCAGAUUUCCUUUUUUUUAACUUUGUUUUUGCUUGUUCCAUAUUUGUAACAGACCCAUACAAUGACCUCUAACCUACAGUGGCUUACUGGUCUGUAUCAUGAGCUUCAUUGUGCACUGUGGCCGACACAACAUACCGACUCUCUAACCAGCCUGGUCUCCUCAGUGUAAUGUCUCGGUAUGCUGUCCCCCCACCCCCACCCUCUCUCGUCUUCCCCCUCCUGCUCCUCCACUUAUUGUCUUUGUGUGCUAACAGGGUCGAAGGUCCAAAAAGGGAAUUUGAAUCAACAUUAUGCUGUGUGCACACUGUUACAGGGUGCAGUUUCAUCGUUUUAAUCGUGCAAUGUGUGGGCUGGCCGAGGCCCUGCAGUUCUUACCCGCGGCUUACAUGUUUCACAGUAGCAUGUCGGUGUAUGGUCUGUAGUUGGCCUGAAGUAAAAUACUAGCUUGCAUGAGCUGCUGGUUGGAGGCAUUUAAUUGCUAUUGGCUGGCAGCAAUCCCGUCAACCAAUGCGGGAGAUGAGAGGAAUAAGGUCAGUGGCUUGUGUUGACCAUCUUGCCUGAGACAUGAGAAAUGGACCUCAUGUCCAUUCGGAGGAAUAAUUUUUCAGCAAGGUGCUGGCCACCCCACUCAAUAGUGGUUGGUACCGCUGUUGAGAAAAGGAGAGACGGGAAUCUUUUUUUGCUUUUAUUUUUUUAACUUGCUUUAUUUUCUUAGCACUAAUCAUUGUCAUAUAUUUUUUGUAAAUAAGAGGUUAAGUUUCGGGACAUUGGGUAUCUGAGAGAGCCUGAAUUGCUACUGUAGAGCUGGUUAGAGGUAGCACCCAAAGCAUAUGUGUUUGUAUGUUGAAAGCAGGGUGUCCUUUAUCUAUCCUGAAUACCUCAUAGACAUAUCUGCAAAUACAAAUGGUUUAAGUGUAGGAAAUGCCAUCACCAGCAUGUAUCCGGGCCCUGAGCGAACAGCAGGACCAAUCUCAUCUCUCCUUUUCUAAACCACACCUAUUAGAUAAGAUAAACGCCUUUCACUGUUCAGAUGCUGUACACUUCAUCCUAUUAGUGAUCAUACUGAUUAUACUUAGAAGUAGUUUUAUUCUACCUCCAUAUAUUACAGCUCAAUGUAUCUAGCAGAUAUACACCUGUGUGGUGACAAAUCUAUAUAUGGAAAGUAUAUCAUUUUACCAUCUGCAAUGAAAAGGUGUGUGUGUGUGUGUGUGUGUGUGUAUAUCAUUUAAAUAUUUAUAAAUACAUAAAUAUAACAAUACCACUGGAAUGUGAAGCCAAACUGUAUUAUUUCUCUCUUAUGGUUCAACAGUAGCACAUACAUAAAACUUACAUCCAUCUUGCACAAUCUUUUGUCGAAACACCUGGUGUUUUCUUAACCACCCAUAUUAUAUUAUGUAUUGGAUAGGUACUAGACAUUGGCUGUCUCCACCACCCCCCUCACCUUUUCCUUUGAGAUAAAUGGUUGGGGGUAAUAGUAUGCCCCAUAACUUCUACUAUUGCACCUGAAAAAGUGUAGAUAUGAAGUUGAGCCAUACAGUUUGAUUCAAGUUUACAACUCUCAUGGCAUAUGACGGUGUGUGUGUGACACUUUGGCACAAAAGCAGCAAACGUGUGUGUGUGUGUGUGUGUGUGUGUGUAUGUGUGUGUGUGGUGCAGGGAGGUGUGCACAGCCGUGCAGAGGUCGUCUAAUCCAGCCUUACGUCUUCAAAAUGCCAGUCCAGCCAUUGUGUUCUGCUCAUUCUGCCCCAACCUCCUUCCAUGCCCACUUUGUUGUUGAAGCUAAGAACACUGGUGUAUGGGGGGCAACAUUACAGGUGGGAGGGGUGGCCUAGACAUUAUCCUCCCCCCUCCCCCAAUUUCCUGAGAGAGGAGAGUGGUUUGGGACACCCUUCCCUCCCCAUCCCAUGGGGGAAAAACACAAACCCUAAAGCCAUUCAUGACUUUAUGUGACAAUGCAAUCCUGAAAGCACUUUUGCCUUGUUAACUCAUUGUGUGAACUAGUGAACGGUUGUUUGUUACAAAAGGAUGUUACAUACCUGUAAAAAAAAAAAAAAAAAAAGUCAUGAUUUAAGGGAAAAAAAUCUGCAUUGUUCUUUGACAUUAAAAGAUACAAACUUACAGGCAUUCAACCUUUAUCUAUUUUAUACUCUGUAUGCUUCGGCCAAUGAGUCUUGUUAUUCAGUAUUGUGGCUUAGAAUUGGUUAUGUUUAAAUAAAGUGCUAUUGCUUAA